AGCACGGACAGCCAGCACCGCACGACCCAGCGCAGAGCUUACCUGGCCCCGCCGAGAUCCUAUUUAUAUUUUCCACCUAAUCGGGCUGAAGAAGUGCGGACCGACGGAGAGCCCUGACGUCACCAUGCCAGGUAGAGAGUGAAGGGAGGUCUGGGUCGUGAGGAGGAGGGGGAGUAACACUGCGGGUGAGCUUGAGGGGUGGCCUCUCCAUCCCGGUGAACACCUUUCGGGGCUCGGAGCGCGCUCGGACGCACGUAUGAUGAUGGACGGCUGGCCGCCGCUGCUGCUGCUGGCUCUCCUCGCCAUUGCGGGAGGCGGCCUCGGGGCAGACACAGAGGAGCGGCUGGUGGAGCAUCUCCUAAACCCAGCCCACUACAACAAACUGAUCCGUCCUGCGACUAAUGGCUCCGAGCUGGUUACUGUGCAGCUGAUGGUGUCGUUGGCCCAACUCAUCAGUGUGCAUGAAAGAGAGCAGGUGAUGACCACUAACGUCUGGCUAACACAGGAGUGGCAGGACUAUCGUCUGACUUGGGUCCCUGAGGAGUUUGAUGGAAUGAUGAAGGUCAGGCUGCCCUCAAAACACAUCUGGCUGCCUGACGUGGUGCUCUACAACAAUGCCGAUGGGGUGUACGAGGUGUCGUUCUACUCUAAUGCGGUGGUCUCCUACGAUGGCAGCAUCUUCUGGUUGCCACCGGCCAUCUACAAGUCAGCCUGUAAGAUCGAGGUCAAGCACUUCCCCUUUGACCAGCAGAACUGCACGCUGCGCUUCCGCUCCUGGACCUACGACCGCACCGAGAUCGAUCUGGUGCUCCGUGCGGACGUGGCCAGUAUGGAUGACUUCACGCCCAGCGGGGAGUGGGACAUCAUCGCCCUGCCAGGCAGGCGAAACGAAAACCCAGCUGACCCCACCUACGUGGACAUAACGUAUGACUUUAUCAUCCGCCGGAAGCCUCUUUUCUACACCAUCAAUCUUAUCAUCCCGUGUGUCCUCAUCACCUCGCUGGCCAUCCUGGUCUUCUACCUGCCCUCAGACUGCGGAGAGAAGAUGACGCUCUGCAUCUCAGUGCUCCUGGCCCUCACUGUGUUCCUGCUGCUGAUCUCCAAGAUUGUACCACCCACUUCACUGGACGUCCCUCUGGUGGGGAAGUACCUGAUGUUCACUAUGGUCCUAGUCACCUUCUCUAUCGUCACCAGUGUGUGUGUGCUCAACGUGCACCACCGCUCGCCCACCACACACACUAUGCCCCCUUGGGUUAAACUGGUGUUCCUCAACAAGCUCCCUGCCCUGCUCUUUAUGCGCCAGCCUAGGAACAGCUGCGAGCGCCAGCGGCUGCGCCAAAGAAGGAGGGCCCAGGAGCAGAAAGAGGGUGGGCGCAGCGGGGAAGCAGGGGCCUUGAUGGUGGGUCUCGGGCUGGGUGGCGCUGGCGGGAACGGAGGGGGAACCUCCACAGGGGUUUUCGGCAAAGAGGACAGUGACCCUUGUACCUGCUAUGUGAACCGAGCAUCUGUUAAACAGUUUGGAGGGGAUCUGGGAGGUGCAGGAGGUGGAUCCAUGGAUGGUCUGAACAGGGUGAGGGAGGGCCGGGAAGGGGGCUCAGGAAACCUGCCAAGGGGGCAGCAAGCAGCGGGAGGUCCUGCUCUGACUCAGGCUCUGCUGGCUCAAGCCUGUCCGGGCUUCGAGGAGGCUGUGGAAGGAGUACGCUUCAUCGCCAACCACAUGAAGAGUGAGGAUGAUGAUCAAAGCGUGAGCGAGGACUGGAAGUAUGUUGCCAUGGUGAUCGACCGCCUCUUCCUGUGGAUCUUUGUGUUUGUGUGCGUGUUCGGCACGAUGGGCAUGUUCCUGCAGCCACUCUUUCAGAAUUACACAGCCAAGACCAUCACCAGCUCGCCAGGCUGACCGUCCCCUCCCCCGGCCACGAACACGCUGACAGACAGCUCCCCCUCGACCAAACAGCACAGCAGGACAAGAGCCAGAGUUUGGGAGGGGGGGGGGCGGGUCUGGGUUUUAUUGUGUCUAUGGAACUGGAACCAGAACUGGAACUGAUCAGCAAUCACACCCAUUACCUUUCUAGUAACGUUUUUUGCAACGAACAACUGUUUUUCUUGUAUGAAGAAAAAGGAAAACACCAUCAUACUCUUACCUGCGUUUUUUUGUCCAGAUAUUUAAAGGACUGACCUCCCCUUUCUGGUGGAAACGACCCUCCCUGUUCUCCUCUUCAGCCAGUCAGGGAACGAGGAUGCUAUGAUUUACUCCUUGUCGAACCUUACGCCAGCCAAUCGACUCCUCUCCGCCUGCCGCUGACUGCUUAAUUGACACAUGACAUGCCCGCCUUCAACUAUGACAUUACUCAUUCACAAUAUUGACUGAUGUCAGUCAGAGGUAAUCAGAAAGGGAAGGGAGGUUCAUGUCAAGGUUCUUAUACAUUCAUUUUAGUUUUUUUCAGAAAACCACCACAUCAGUGAACUGAUUCAGUAUAUUUUAUCAUAGCAUAGCAGCUUACCACAGUAUAGCAUUGAGUAUAUAUUAUUAAGAUUUCUCUGUGUUAGCUCAUGCAAGGGUCUGUUGCUGAUAGAGAGGCUACGGUGUGUUGUAUGAUUGUCUAGAUUUAACAAGAAUGUGAUAUAAACUGUACUACACAGCCUGUGACGCGCACACUAACACAAUAUGUGUACAAGCAACAGAUUGUGAAGGAAAAUACAUAGAGGGUAUACUUAUAGUAAAGAAAGAGCCAGGACGCAUUGUUAGAUGAAAGUCAAAGGGGGAAAGUAAUAGAUUAUGCAUGGACAGUUUUUUGCUUUGAGAGUCGUGCACAGUAGGUAGAGAACAGCAGCAGCCUGCUGUGCCAGAGUGCACAGCUGCAGUGAGAUGAGCUGAGCUCCUGAGAAAAUGAGGAAUCUGAGCCAAGAUGGUGGAUAGGACUUCCUGUUUGAUGGUCAGUGGAAUAUGAUUCCUCCAAGGCAGAGUAUUCAGAGAUCAGUGUUGGAAAAAGUUACAUGUAAAUCGAAAUAUAUUGGUGGAAGAAUGGGGAUUUUAAUAUGGAAAUGAAGCUAUUAUGUGUAUUGAUAUGUAAUUUCACAACUGCUUAUUUUCUGUCAUUGCUGUGAUUAUCAGAUCAGAGUAUGACAGUGUCUCACCUCCUCUCCUCUCCUCUCCUCUCCUCUCCUCUCCAGCGUACCUAUUUCUGCAGUGGAUUCUGUUCAUGUAUGUAAUGUUAAGAGCAUAUGUAUACAUGUGAGCGUGCCCCAUACCCUAAUCCAUUAUCACAUCUGUCAGAUACAAUGUUCAGGAGAGCAUACUCUGUGUGUGUGUGUGUGUGUGUGUGUGUGUGUGUGUGUGUGUGU